CCUGGUCACGUUGGCUGGCUAUCACGUGGGGUGCAACUGUUUGCUUUGUUGAUAACUACGGCGUUACCUCCUUUCUUCCUUCCCAUGUCGAUUAUUCUCGUCGAUAGCUACCUAGGUAGAACCCAUGAGUUGGAUGUUUCAUAAUCCUAGCUGAGCCCGUGACAGCUAUCGUGGGCCAGAUGGCGGUGCCUAUUCUUCCGGACGAUACAGCCGCCGAGGUGUUCUCCAAGGUGCUCGUCGCCGCCGAAAUGGUCUUGGACAAAACUUUGCCUGCGAUAGUGAAUGGAACUGUACAAAGGCAAGAGAUGGAUCUUGCCCAGGGCUCUUACUUUGGUGGCCGCAAGCCUGGGGAUGGUGUGAUCUAUUGGAAACGGAUGGCGGUCUUUUCGAGGUACCUAGCCAUAGCCGUCCUCGCUGAAAUCGACCUCGCUAGAAUCGUCAUCACUCGAAUCAUUCUCGCUGGAGUCAUCCUCAUCCUCCUCAUCUCCAUCUUCUUCGUUGUCAUUUUCUCCAGCAUCAAUUUCUUCUUGUUGUCCCUCCCCUUCUUCUGACGAUGAUGAUGAAGAUUCUAUCAAAUCCGAAGAAGAUGAGGUUUCAGGAAGCUCCACAGGAUCCCUCUCAGACUCCGAACUGUUCCCAUUCCCUCUCAUCCCUUUGACCGCUCUCUCGUAUUGCUGCACAUCAGCCCCCUGAGCAAUGAACUUCAACAAGGCUUCCUCAAAUCCCAGUUCCAUGACCCUCCAUAUUCCCCAGCCAUGGCAGCGACGACGUUAUGUCGGUAUAAGAAGGUAUUUAGGAGAUAAUAUGAGCGGCGGCUUGUUUGAUAUAGAGCGUUUAUGUCUGGGCCAUACUUGAUUUGCU